CACCAGAAGCAGCACCAACGGCAGCAGCAACGACGGCGCUGGGCUUGGAAGCAGGAGGAGGAGGCGUCGGGAUCAGCGGCACGAGCUUUGCCUCCCGUUCGCUCUCUGCGCCCCUCCUGCCGCGCGCGCUGGGCUGGGAGGGAGGGAGGGAGCGAGGGAAAAAAACAUUGCGCAGGUCCUAAAUUGGAACGUUGGAGGCGGCGUGAUUGAGCGCGCGAGCGAGCAAGCAAGCGAGUGAGCGCGAGCGCUGUUGCAACAUCAGCAAGCAAGCAGCAGCAGCAAAGGAAGGGCCUUUGCAGCCCAACCCCGCGCCGAAUCUGCGCCAAGCAAUUCGCUUCCUUCUCGUCUCUUCUGGAUGGAGCUUUCCGCCAUCGGGGAGCAGGUGUUUGCCGUCGAGAGCAUCCGGAAGAAGCGUAUAAGGAAGGGCAAAGUGGAAUAUCUGGUGAAAUGGAAAGGAUGGCCCCCCAAAUACAGCACAUGGGAGCCGGAGGAUCACAUUCUUGACCCUCGUCUGGUGAUGGCUUACGAAGAGAAGGAAGAAAAAGAGCGUGCCUCAGGUUAUAGGAAGAGGGGCCCCAAACCCAAGCGCCUGUUGCUGCAGAGGCUGUAUAGCAUGGACCUGAGAAGCGCCCACAAAGGGAAAGAGAAACUCUGCUUCUCUCUGUCACGGAGGUUUGGAGGAGGAGGAAACAAUUUAGCAGGGAGCAAGGGAGAGCAGACAGAGCUGCCCGAGAAAAAUGGGGGAGCAGUCCUGCCUUUCCCACUUCGGAAGCAGAACAAGAACCAGAAGUACCUGCGCCUUUCACGGAAGAAGUUCACCCGCAUGUCGAGCCUGGAGAACCGGAGCCGCCGGCGGGAGUUCUUCCUGAAGGAGCCGGUGGCAUUGGAGGACAGGCAGACCCCCAGUGACUGGGAUGAGUCCGUGCAGCCCUCCAGCAAAGAUGUGGGCUCAGAAGCCACGGAAGGCAACCUUUCAUGGAGCCCAGCUUUGCCCCCAAAUGAAGUGACAGUGACGGAUAUCACAGCAAACUCCAUUACCGUGACUUUCAGAGAAGCACAAAUGGCAGAGGGCUUCUUCCGAGACCGAAGCAUCCAAUUCUGAGUCUCCGGUUCUGUUUCAUCUUUUCUUUACUUUUUUCCAUGUUUGGGGAACUCACUCAGUUUUUUGUUUCAUUUUGUUUUGUUUUCAUCUCCUGCAUUCCCAGGCAGAUUUUUCUAGGGUGGGCUACAUAUAAUCAUAUUGUUUAAGAAGCAAAAUCCGAAAAUUUUCCUUCACAAAUGUUUACAGAGGAUUUUGGUUUUAUUUUGACUGUUGAUCUCACUGAUUCUUUUUUUUUCUUCCCUACUCUCCUUCCAAAUACGCAAAAACAAAACAUAAAAAGGCAAUGUGGGGGUGCCUAUGUUUUUCCUCAUUUGUUACUAUAAGAUAUAUAUAUAUAUAUAUAUAUAUAUAAAGAGAGAGAGAGAGAGAGAGAGUGAGUGAGUAUAUAGAUAUAAUACUAUCUGUCUGUUGUUUUGUCCAUCUGGAAAACUGAAACUCUUUUCAUUGGCAAGGUUGGUUGUUCACGAUGCAUUAUGGAAGAAUGUUGUUCAUGCCCUGUAGCAAUUAUAGCCUAUUCGUGAUAAAUGUAGUAGCUUGGGGUGAAUGUCCAAAAGUAGGGAAGGCACCAAAAAUACAAAUAUCUUUGUAUUCUUCCAUGUUUCAGUGUUGAUUUUCCUUGUCAAACUACUUCCCUGUGAAAAAUAGUCCUUCCUUCCUUUCUUGGGAUGGCAUUUCUGAUGCUGCCUCUCUUACCAGGGCUUUAUAAGAUGUGCUAAUGUCCACAGUGCUUCAACAAAUCGAUUUGAGAGGCUUGGCUAUACAAUUGGUAUGCUGGCUUGUGUGUUUGCAUCUCUCGAGAGAACACCUGCAUUGGUGACCUCUCUUUUUAUGCUUUUGUUGAAACAAGAUCCAGAAACAAUGCUGCUGUGACCAGGCACAUUGGCAAAAGAAAAGCUCAUCUUGCUUUUAUUCAUCCCAUUGUGGUAGACCAGUGGUUUUGAAACUCUCUUCCUAAAUAAUCUGUGGCUUACCAGCAGAUAAACUUCAGUAACUACCACUGGCAAUGUAUUGCUACAUUUUGCAGCCACAAGCAUGUAUCCUGCGUGUCUGUUUGUUUAUGUGGGGUAGAGUGAGUCCCCACAGCCUUGCCUGUUGCAAUGUGCAAAUGUAAAGUCUGCUGCAAAAUCAACUGCAAUAUCCAACAAGUCUUUGUCAGACUUGCAGAAACUCUUAGCAAGCAAUUGGACAUGGGUAGGGUUUUUGGUCUUGGAAAAUCUGUGAAUCUUCUAUCCACCCACUAACCCACCUGGAUAUGAUUGUGUUCAGAAAUGCGAAGGGCCUAUGGGGUGGAAGAUGAACUGAAUGGCUGUUUGUGCAUGGGUACACAUGGAGUGCAGAUUUAAUCCUUGAAUAGCAGCUGGUAAAUGAGAAGCCAGUAGUAUUGGUCCCACUGGAAUAAUAAUGACAAUGGAGUAAUGAGGUGUAAGAAUGAAGCCGCUGUGGCUAGCGGCUAGCAAACUGUAGCUUUAUAUGUUUACCUUCUGUUGUCUUUGGAGUCAUGCACCUUGACCAAGGAUGAAGUUGCCUAGAAGUUGUAAUUUUAUAUAUGUAAAUAAUUGUGGAAAGACUUUGUAAUGGAGAAAAAAUCCUAUAUUUCUGCUGCAACCCAUCUUGCUUGGUUCGUUCUCAAUGUGGUAGUGUCAACAGUGCGCACGGCUACCAAGCAAGUGUUGCAAACCUUUCUCUGCUUGUAUUUAAAUAUUUGCCAGGCUCCAAAUUAUUUCUUAUGCGAGCUGAUGGGAAAUCAAUGUCCAUUGAUAAGAAACUGGUGUUUUACCUGCUUUGGAGUUCUUUGGAUGUGUUAGAAGUGGGAGUGGAGGGUUUUCUUACAGAGUUAGAGAAGAACUAUAACAAUUGUCCUUUAGGCUUGUGGCUUUGGCCAUGAGUGGGUAUAGCCCAGGCAGGGGCAAACUUAGGCCCUCCAAGUGUUUUGGACUUCAACUCUCACAAUUCCUAACAGCCUUAAGCAGCUGAAGGGGGGAAAGGAAGGGGCCGGAGGCUGUUAGGAAUUGUGGGAGUUGAAGUCCAAAACACUUGGAGGGCCCAGGUUUGCCAAUGCCUGGUAUAGACUAACCAGUAUUGAUCUUUCUGAUCACAGAAAGGUGUCAAAAAUAUUGGCAAUAGGGGGGAAUUGAGGGUUUCUGGUUGGAAGAGACACAGGAGGCUUGCAAACUCGUUUCUCUUCUAAUGUCCUCUUACAGAGACAGAAUUCCCCUGCCUAUCCCUCUUCCUUUCCAAGUCUCUAGCCCUUAUGUGUGCAUCUUUCUAUUAAGAUGAGGGUAACUCUUCGUGACGAUUUCUCCCUUUGCCAGGGAGAAGCUGCUUCCACUUCCACAGAGCCUUGUCUCGCACUUUAAUGCCUUGAAAUUUUGUGCUGGACUUCCUUGUGUGUUUGAUUUUGUAGUCUAUAGAUUGUAAUAGCUUUAGCGUAUGCUUUUGUGUGUGUAUGUACUUCUUUAAAUUUAUUCAAACUAGAAAAAUAUUCCUAUGGAAAGUGAGGACGAGAAGCUGGAAAGUAAGGCUGUAGAUCUAACCAGAUGUAUUUCAGGGUAUAUCCCACUGAAAGUAGUACAGCUUUUAAACAGCAUUCACUUUAUUUAUUGAACUCAGCUGUCUGUCUUAUAAAAGUAUCCCUCCUCCUGAAUGUGUGUCAUUACAUUAAUCUGACAAAUGUAUAGAAAUCAUGCUGAAAUUCGUAGGCACAGUCUGCCUGCUACUCUAUAAUAUAGACUUGAAGCCAGAUUUCGAAGGACUGUGGUGGUAUUAUAGAAAAUGAUCACCUGCCACUUUAGGGGUGGCUUCUGUCUGUUUAAGAGCAUUGCAACUAAUAGUGGAUUUUUUCUUUCUUUCCCAGAGUCCUUAAAGGCCACUGUGGGGUCAAAGGGUAUAAAUCAUGAUAUUUUAAACUAUUCACAGUGACAAAGGAGGGUUGGCUUCUUGGGAGUGGAGUGGACUAUACUGAGUUUCCUCCCAUCUUUCAAUCUGUUCUGGCCUCUUUUGUCUUUUCAUCAGGCUAUAGAAUAGCACAUCUGGGUUAUUGGGGUCACCUGCUAUAAAUGCUCCGUUUUCUGGGAAGCAUUAGCUGAGCAACAGCUUGUCUCAAUACUGAGUUCCUCAUGUGAGGAACAAAGAUUAGAAAGGUUGUUUUUGAGGUGUUGCACCUCCUAGAAUCCUUCAGCCAAUAUUACAAGUUGUUAUUCUCAGGAUAACCAUGGGAAUUGAAAAACGGCAUGUGUGUGAAUUGGAAUAUCUCCUGAGUUCUUCAGUUAGCUUUUAGUCUUGGAUCAUCCCAAAAAUUAGAACUGAAAUUCUUCUUAUGCUGCACUAGAAUCUAGUUUGUGUCUCAAGGAUCACAUUGUCUUUUUCUUGAUGUCGUCUUGCAGCUUGGGAAAUCAGAGGGUUUUUUUUUCUUUGUACACCUCUCAGAAUCUUGCAGCCAGUGUGUCCACUAGCCAUGCUGUAGUCCAAGAAAGUAACAUUUCCAAGCUCUGCUUCUUCCACUUACAAAUCCUUAAAACUUGUGAUCACUGAUGGUCUGUUGAACAGAGAUUUAACAGAUCUGUACUCUUCAGAUGUUUUACAGAAAUUAAUAAAUCAUCUCACUCUAAAAGGUUAGGUGUUUGAAGCUCACUAACAAGCUGUAAUUCAAAAGUUCACUAUAUGAGGUCAGUUGGCAACUGGGCGGUUGACUGCCCUUGACGUCUCUGCCUCUAACUCUGGUUUUAGAAGAUGAUAGGCAAUAAUACCAUGGAAUUAUUCAUAUUUUUAUUUUAAUUUCUGUUAAGCCAUGUCACUAUAAUCAGGAGGAGCCCCCGGUGCCACAGUGAGCUAAAUCCUUAUGCCGGCAAGUCUGCUGACCAACAGGUCAGCAGUUCAAAUCCGGAGAGAGCGAGUGAGCUCCCUCUGUCAGCUCCAGCUCCCAUGUGGGGACAUGAGAGAAGCCUCCCAUAGGAUGGUAAAACAUCGAACAUCUGGGCAUCCCCUGGGCAAUGUCCUUGCAGACAGCCAAUUCUCUCAUACCAAAAGCGACUUGCAGUUUCCCAGGUCACUCCUGAUGCGAAAAAAACUAUAAUCAGGUAAAAACCAAUUUGGAUUCCUUAAAUCCAAAAAGGACUGGGUUACAACAUUAUUUCACAAUAUUGUGCCCUUAAGAUAGAUACAGUCUUGUUACAAUUUUUCAUAAAAUUUGGAAAAUUCACUGUAGUUAUGACUUCUAAAGUCAUCACUUUUGCAAACGAAAAGGCUUAUAUUACUAUAUGUUUCCACAUCUGGGUACAUUUAGCUCCUUUAAAGUCUUCCACAAGAAAGAAAGCUUUGCUUGGUCUCCUAAUUUCUCUCUGAGCUAGUUUCUUCCCUUUAAGCCUUAUGUACACUAAAAAUGUAUAUUGGUUUUAGCCCUAAAGAUUCUGGGAAAUUUCCGCUGAUUCAGAGGCUAAACAUUUUCAUUAGCUCAUCUCCCAGGAAGGAUUGUUGAGUACAAGUCUGCAAUACAGAUAAUUCUCUCUUUUUCAAGCCUAUAUGCAAAACUGUUUCUCCUCCUUUUAAAUACAGGUAUACCUCCGUUAAAGAAGCAGAUCUGUUCUUUGUACCAGAGAGUAGAAAUUCAAUGAAAAGAAUAUAGGGUCCUAUAUCACAAAAAAGAAGAAAGAGCAGUUCAAUAUAUUUAACUGAAGUUUUUAUUCAGUACUAACAGGAGGCACAAGUGAAAUGAAACAACUAAUUAGAUUAGCUUUGCAUAAGUAAACAAAAUUAUUUAAACAUGUAGACUGCUUGAAAACUCCUUCUAGAAUGCAUCUGGGAAUUAAUUUUUCUUUCACCAUCUUCUAUUCCUAGGAUUUCCAUUUCUAUGGCAAAUUCAUAGAUAUGUUUUUGUACUGUGCUGGAGUAGGUAGUGAAGAGGCUAGUUCACUUUCCCCUAUUCUUUCCGUUUUGCUGUCCACUUAUGCUCAGUAAAGGAUUCUAACACAUUGAACUAGAGUAGGAUUGGAUAAGGAGCAUCUACCUUCUUUCCGAGCUUAUGCCUUAUUACAUGGCUUUCUGCAGACAUGCUGCUACAAUUCAGCAACUGAGCAUGUGUGUCUCCUGUCCUUUUUCAGCCUCCUAAUGCCAGUUCUUUUCUAGCUAGAGGAAACGAGGAUGGGCACAUGGUUUGGGUCACUUUUUCUAUCCUUACAUCUGUACAACCUUGAAUACUUUUCUUAUUUGAUGUGAAAACUUGCAAUCAUUUCAGGUUGUGCUUAUACGGAAUAAGAAGAAAAGAUCUGGUGGGGAAAGGACACUUUACCUUUCCUUUGACAUAUCCAUGGCAUGCUUUGCCUCUCUUGAAACUCAGGCUGUGAUGGCAAACAAAGCAUCACUAAGUGAUGUUGAAAAUCAAAGCUUUACUACAUAAAUACAGAACAGGUACAUAAGAAUUAACCUUUCAACCUGGGAAGAAAACAGAAACGAUUCUUACGGUACCUUAAAGACCCUCAAGUUACGUUUGACACACCUUCAUGGACAGUUGACCACUUUAUCAGAUACAGCUGAAAAAGCUGGCAUACGCCAUUGGAGCCUAUGCCAAAUAAAACUUCUUAGCCUUUUAAGAGAACACACCAGACUCCUUGCUGAAAAAGGCUAACUGGCUACUCCUCUCUCCUUCCCCCCAUGUCUACAACUAAAGCCUUAGAAGUUAGACUGCUUCCCCUGCUCUUUCUUUUGGGCAGUUUGAAAUGGUGUUGUAUUGAGAGUGGCUUUUGUGACCUAGAUCUGUGUUCUUUCAAUUGUGCUGCUCUUUACUAAGUGAAAAGAGGUUUUGAAUAGGGCUUCUGCUCUUCUUCCCUCCCCCUCUUUCAAACUCAGUUAGGGACAUAUUGAUGUUGGAGUGUCUCUAGUUACUAGGAACAAAGGACUUGUUUCUGGUGUGAUAGCAUGCCUCCAGGGCAAUUCAGUCUGUGGAUGAAUUGCUGCCUAGUAAUCCCAUUUUAAUGCUGGAGAAGAGAACCUAGGAUUCUUCCUGUCUUUCCUCCAUUGGAUGGACUUUGCAAGGAGAUACAAAUAAAAAUAUUAGUUAGUCAAAAUCAUAAAAUGCGAUAAAGAGGAGGGAAAGGCCUAGCUGUUAAAACUUGGUACAUCUGAGGCUGUGUGUUUAAAACUGAGUUUGCACAUUGGCUCCAAUUAGCAGCAAUACCUCUAGCUUUAAUGCAGUGGGUAUUGUGCAUGUAUGUAACUAAAUGGCCAUAGGAGCGACUAUUUUGAUGCUAAAGAAUUUGGAUGCUCUUAAAAUUUGUAAGCAAGGAAUAAACCAUGGUUUAUAGUAUUGUUGGCUUAGAUCUGGCCAGUGUACUCAUGACCUGUGAUUCUAAUAUGCACUUCUGUUUGUGAUAAGCCAGAUGCUGAAGUGUGAUAUAUAUUUUCAUCUUGUUUUUUUAAAAAAAAACAACAACAAAGAAAUGCUGGUCUAAAGCAAAAACAUUAUGGCACUUUACAGAAUAUCAUCUUCCUGGUGAAAGCACCAUGUUGCAUGGGAUGAGCAAAUUUCAGGUCUUGAGACAAGACUUGUACAUAGUAAGUUUACUUCCUUUUCAGAUACAAAUAUCACUGUUUAAGGAUAGUAGGAAUAGAAAAAUGAGGAUAAAACUUAAAUUUAUAUGUUCCCGCACUUUUAUUGUAAUAAGAAAGACAAUUUUCUAUCCUAUCUCUUCAAAAUCUUUUUAUUCUCAAUAAAAAUGAAUUUUAAAAAAUAUCACUGUUGAUAUUUUAACAUCAAAUGAACAUAGAUUUCAUGAUGGUGGUGGGUAAAUAAUACAGUAUUGAUAACCCUACAGCCACUUUGGGAAUAUUACAUGUUCAAAGAAAGGCAAGAAAGGUCAGGGAAAAGAAGAUUCAAUAGUUUUAAAUUAUUUAUUAAAUAGCUUUAAAAUCUCUAAUGUGUCAUCUUCCCUACACAGGAAAAUGUAUGCCAGGAUGAUGACAGAGUGGUAGAUUCAUAUGAUACAAUGUUUGAAACAGAUUCUGUUUUAGUUUGUAUCAUAUGCAUGUAUGAUAUAUAUAUAUAUAUAUAUAUCAGCCAGGAGAAAAAGCUUGAAAGGAAAGUAUUCUUAGCUCCAUUAUAUAGAACAAUAUAUUAGAAUUAAGUUUUCCUUUUUUCAGAACUAUUACGUAGUUGUAUUUCCUAAUUUCUGUUAAAAUUCUUGCUAUGCUGUUCAAGUGUUGGGAUGCAUUGCUUCAACAUGAGUAUAGUUUUGUUAGGAAAAUAUCAUUUAACACCUGUAAUCACGCCCAAAAAAGAUGACUUGUUUUGUAAAAUUAUGCCAAAGUGACAAAUUGUCUCUUAGAUAACUGUAUAGUAGCCACUAAGCUACUCCAAGUUGGAUCCAGUACUGUAUUUUUUGCUGUUCGAUACCUCCCCUCUAUGCACCUUGUUUUUGUUAAGGAGCUGUUUGACUUAUUUUAUUUUAUUUUAUUUUCUACAUGUGAGCAAAGUACGUGAGACGGUAUGUUUUAAAAAGGGGUCAUGUUUCAGUUUAGCAUAUAUGUAUAUAAAUGUUGCAUGUACAGAACAUGCUCUCAUGGCCUGCAUCUGAGAGAAUAUGGAAUUCCAUAUUGAUGUUCUGAGCAUUAUUGAGGGGAAAAAUGACUCUGAACUACUCUGGGAAGUAACAUUAGAGAUGUUAGAAAAAAUAGCUGUAAAUAGAAGGAACCUGUUUCUUGUAAAUCAUAAAAAAGGAGUGCAACCUUGCUGUUGUUAUUGUAUGCCUUCAGGUUACUUCUGACUUAGGUUUUCCUUAGAGAAUCCAUAACAGUGUUUUCUUGGCAAGAUUUCUUGUGAGGUGAGGUUUUGCCAUUGCUUUCCCUAAGAAUAUGACUUGCCUAAGGCCAACCAGCAGUUUUUAUGGGAUAAAUGGAGAUUUGAACCCUAGUUCCCUGGAGUUCUAGUCCAGCACUCAAACCACUACAUUAUGACAAUACAAUCUACAGCAAUGCGAGUUGAAAUGCUGGCCUGAUAAGUUGUAUAGUCAUACUGAUGCUUUUUGAGGUACCUAUGUGCAUUCAGUCAAAACGGGUGUUGCAGCAAAAGAUAAGAUGACUGCAUAUUCUAACAAAGAAAUGUUACUCUAAAGCAGUGGUUCCCAAAUUGUGGAUCCCCAGAUGUUUUGGCUUUCAACUCCCAGAAAUCCUAACAUCUGGUAAACUGGCUGGGAUUUCUGGGAGUUGUAGGCCAAAACACCUGGGGACCCACAGGUGGAGAACCACUGCUCUAAAGCAAGAAACACUGUGGCACUUUACAGAAGACCAUCUUCCUAAUGGAAGCACCAUGUUGCAUAGGAUAAGCAUAUUCCAAGUUUUAAGAUAAGGCAAGUAAGUAAUGAGUUUGCCUCCUCUUUCAUGUGGUUAUUUUUCCUUGUUCCCAGUUUCAGCAGGGUAUUUUAAAAAUUGGGGUUUUUUUUAAUGUAGGAUAGGGUUUCCUACAUUUCCUAAUGUAGGAUAGGUUUUCCUACAUUCUUUUUAAAUGUAGGAUAGGUUUUCCUUAAGGGUGUUCGAUGAGAAAGGCAGCCCUUCUUCUCCCUCCCUCCCCCCCUUGAUUUUUUGAAAAUAUAAGUUAGAGGUAAGAAUUAUGCUGCCUUCCAGCUAUUACUGAACUGUGGUUUUUUAUUCCUCACCAUUAACUUUGCAUUUGAAGGACCACGUGCUUCCCACCAGAGUGAAAAGGUACCAUAGACAGUCCAGAUAGACUGGGCAUGGGCAAACUUCCCCCCCCCCCCAGGGGGGGUCAAAGUUUGCCCAUACCUGAGAUAGACCAUAGUUCUGUUUCUUUUCCUCCAAAAGGUCCUGAGAUCAUAGUUCUGUUUUUUUUCCUCAUGGUUGCAAGUUCUGCACUUGAACCUCUGCCAAUGCUACUCAGACUGGCUCAUUCCAGUGCUCUCAUCUGAGGCUGCCUUGUUGGGAACCUGAUCAUUGGCAUUUGCAUCCUGAUAUUGUUUGCUCUUGACUGGUGACCAUUCUUGAGGUCCCUCCCUACUUUGCUUUCUAGCAAUCUUGGGUAAGUUCAGACACCAGGUACUGAACUGGUCAUCUUCUGAAUGCAAAUCAUGCAUUCAGAAGAUGCCUAUUUAGGGAGUAGUUAAGGUUUGACUACUCUCUAAACCAGGCAUGGGCAAACUUCAGCCCUCCAAGUGUUUUGGACGUCAACUCCCACAAUUCCUAACAGCCUACUGGCUAUUAGGAAUUGUGGGAGUUGAAGUCCAAAACACCUGGAGGGCCAAAGUGUGCCCAUGCCUAAGAUAGACUAUCGUUCUGUUUCUUUUCCUCAGAACUCAAUAGAAUUGGCAUUCAGUGUUGAGAUUUUAGUUGAAAAAGCCAUUCAAGGAGAUGGCAAGAGGUAGAAAAAAUAAACAUUUAGGUCUGUACAAGUAUAAGGUGAGGAUGGGAUGGUAUCUUAGUCUGUUGCUUGUAAAGCAACAGAGUUGGUGGGAGAAAAGGGGGUGAACAGAGUCUGCCAAUAAGAAGAAAACCUAGUCUAGGCACCAAACUUUUUAUGAAUCAAAAUCCAGAUCUCAUUUUUCCCCAAGCACUGCUAAAUAGUUCUAUGAACGAGUGCACUAUUUAAAGAGAAAUUGUGAUAAAGCAUAAAACCAGUCACGAGUGGCAUAGCUGCAGAUCAAUACCAAGAUCAUACCCAUUGUAUUUGCCUGCCAUGUAGACUUUCCUUUGCAUAUGUCUUAACCAAGCAGUAGGCACACUGCCUAAGACAUCAAGGCAAGAGUCUUGUUCAGUCUUACAUGGAAGUAAAGUACUCUAAGCUCAGUAAUACUUCUUUCUUAGAUAGGACUUUUCAGUAAGGGUUAGUUUUUUUGCUGUUUAGUAACAGCGUUGGUAAGAUUUGUGUCAGACCAUAGGUUGCUCUGAUAUUUUCACUUCACAUCUUGCAGUUAGUAAGUCAGGCUUGCCUUUAUGUAGGCAAGGGAAGCAUAAACCUUGAGAAGUGGACAUAGUUCAAAACUCUUCUUAAACUCCAAGCACUUUCCAGCAAUAAGUUGCUUCUGAUCCAUGUCCCUCCAGCCUUGGGAAUGUUGUUCAAAUGCAGCAUCAUGGAUCAUUUCCAUUUGUAUGUGUUGACAUUUUUAUAUAUGUAUAUAAAAAUAUAUUUUAAUGCAUUUUCUCAAUUUUCCCCUUUCCCCUGACAAAUUGCACUUUAAUAGCUAAUGAAGGGUGUAGGACUAAGUCAAACUUUUGGGAGAGGCCAUAAGCAAUGUACAGGAGCCUUUCCAAAUGACUGGUGGGCUCUUUUUUGCGGACAGGUGAGGAAAAUGGUGAGAAGUGGAAGAUUUUCAAGCUAUCCAAAUGGGGCAUUAUAAAUGUCUUCUUUUAGUGCCAAGUACAUAUCCUAUAGAAGAGGUUUUCAGCUCUUUUCUUCCCUGUUGUUUGCACUGCUUGUUCUCUCAAGAUGCCAGUCUGAACUGUGGUCAUCAAUUCUAUAUUCUUUUGAGGGGGGAGAGUAAUUGUGAUGUGCGUGGGGCAGGGAGGAAUAGCCCUGACGUGUUGCUUUCUUUACAUUUUGUGUGUUGUGGAUGUGUUCUUUCCCUUUCUCCUUAUUGGCAUGAUACCUGAGUUGGUACCUUCUUGACAUGGUGUCCAAGUUAAUCUUUGCACAUGAAAGCUUCCUUUGCACACAGAUUAAGCUUCUUUGUUUUUGCUCUCUUUUGUUUUUUUUUGUACAGACUAACUGAAUGUAUCGGGGGCGGGGGAGGGAGCUGAACAAAUUCCAAACAUGAUUAAAAAUAAAUCAAAGUUUUAAUGCCUUUUUGUGAGUGACUGAGUGUUUGCUUCAAACAGAGAUUGUAAUACAAAUGAAAGGAUCUAAGCAAGUUGUAAUUGAUGCAAUGUGCGGCUUUAUUUUUGUACUGAUAAUGGUUAAGAGACUGUACAGCAUCUAUUUAUUUAGAUGAUUUAUGUGGUAAAUGUUGCAAACAAGAUUAUCAAAAAACAAUAAAUGAGAACUGACAUUUAGCUAA